AUGGCAACGACGUACGCGUGGUUAUGGACGCUUCUCGCCUUGGUUCUGACAUGGAUAGUUUUUCACCUCAUCAAGAGAAAGAAAGCAGCAACCGAGGAGGCAGAAGCGGAGGUCGAGGCAGAAGAGAGCAGAAACGGUGUUGCUGAUGUCAUCAUUGUUGGGGCGGGUGUGGCAGGCGCAGCUCUCGCUUAUGCUCUUGCUAAGGAUGGACGACGAGUACAUAUUAUAGAGAGGGACAUGAAAGAACCACAAAGAUUUAUGGGAGAGCUGAUGCAACCAGGAGGCCGCCUCAAGUUAUCUCAGCUUGGCCUUGAAGAUUGUUUGGAUGAGAUAGAUGCUCAAGAAGUAAAGUCCUUGGCAAUUUACAAGGACGGGAAACACGAGACCUUGUAUUUUCCGGAUGACAAUAAGUUUCCACAUGAACCAGUGGGUAGAUUCUUACGUAAUGGCCGUAUGGUACAACGUCUACGCAAAAAGGCAGCUUCUCUACCCAAUGUACAACUAGAAGAAGGAACGGUAAAGUCUUUGAUAGAAGAAAAAGGAGUGAUUAAAGGAGUAACAUACAAGAACAGCGCAGGCGAAGAAACAACGGCCUAUGCACCUCUCACAGUGGAGGAAGUGCCCUCGUAUUUUGUGGGUUUUGUCACGAAGAAUAGCCGACUUGAAGAUCCACAUAGUCUACAUCUGAUUUUUUCUAAACCUUUAGUUGGUGUUAUAUAUCAAAUAACCAGCAAUGAGGUUCGUUGUGCUGCCGAGAUUCCUCCUGAUAGUAUUCCUUCUAUGGCGAAUGGUGAUAUGGUUAACUUUCUCAAGAAAACUGUGGCUCCUCAGAUACCUGAAACUGGAAAACUCCGGGAGAUAUUUUUGAAAGGGAUUGAGGAGGGGCUACUAGAGGUGAAAACAACUGCGAAUAAGAAUAUGUCAGCGAGACCUUGUGAUAAGAAAGGAGUGAUUGUGUUGGGAGAUGCAUUCAAUAUGCGUCAUCCUAUAGUCGCGUCAGGGAUGAUGGUUGCACUCUCGGACGUUCUCAUUCUACGCAAUCUUCUCAGGCCACUGCCUAACUUUGGCAAUACUAAAAAGGUCUCGGAGCUUGUCAAGUCCUUUUACAUCAUUCGUAAGCCAAUGUCAGCGACAGUGAACACGCUGGCGAAUGUGUUUUCACGAGCGCUGAUCGCAACAACGGACGAAGCAAGAGAGGGAAUGCGACAAGGCUGCUUUAAUUACCUAAGCAGUGGUGGUUUCCGAACAUCAGGAAUAAUGGCUAUUCUUGGAGGCAUGAACCCUCGUCCCCUUUCGCUAGUCCUUCAUCUUGUCGGCAUCACCCUCACCUCCAUGGGAUACUUGCUCUCUCCCUUUCCUUCUCCCCGUCGCUUUUGGCAUAGCGUCAGACUUUUUGCGUUGGCUUUGAAAAUGUUGGGUGCACAUUUGGUGGAUGAAGGAUUUAAAGAGAUGUUGAUUCCGACAAACGCAGCUGCGUAUCGUCGAAGCUAUAUGGUCACGGCGGCCAGCGACUGA